CCCACCCCACGCCGAUAUCUCGCCGAGGUUCAACCAGGCGACUAAGCAGCUCGGGGGAUCCAUCUCUCGGAGCGCCGUUGGCUUUUUUUGCCCCGCCGGCCAUUGGUUCCUGCACUGGACCCUCACCUAGCUACUUAGCUAUACCAUUUCAUUUUAUUCGCAACCGCUCUUCUCUUCUUCCUCCACACACCACACUACAAAAGAGGCCCCUCUCCCCCCUGCCUCUCUCUCCAAUUCUCACUCGCCCUAUCUACCAUCGACACAUAUCCAAUUCCAUCAUCAUCACCGCUGCCGCCACAAUACGAUUCCCGAGAUCGGCCCCGCAACCUGCAGCCCAACACGACAUCAGUGAUAUAAUACACACACACAUCCACUCACUCCGCCUACCUACCCGCGAAUCAACCACCUCUGUCCAGCUACCGCUCGUGAGAUUACACGCAGCAUUCCAUCAUGGACAUCACCCAGACCUCCCGCGCCUACUUCGCCAUGCCCUCGCCAACCCCCUCCGAGAAGAUUUCCCUAGCAGCCUCGAGCACAGUGUACACCUAUCACUGCCUGUGCACCCACCUGCUCCUUGCUACAAGCACACCGCUCCCCGCUCUUCCUAAGCGCAAAAAUUCCCAAGAUGGCGCCCACAUGAUGCCCCUCCCCCCACCACCCACCACAUCCACCACCACAGCAUCAACCACCGGACAACUCUCGGCAGCAGCAGCUCGCGUAGCCGCUCGGCGCGCCUCCGAAGUCACCCCCAGCGAUCACUACGGCCUUCUCCUCUCCACCCACCUCGAUGGAGCCCCGGAAGUCGUGACCAGCUCCGAUGGCUUCGAGAAGCGGUACCUCCAGCGCUGUGGCCGCUGCGCCCUCGUUGUAGGCUACCAACUUGAUUGGCAGCAGUUCGGCUCUGGCGAGCGACACGGACGGCGCGACGAUAUCGUCUAUCUCCUUCCCGGCGGGUUCGUCACUACCUCCGACAUGAUCAUGGGCGGCAAGGCUGCUGCUUCUGCCGGAGCGGGAACGGGAACUGCUGGGGGGAACGCGAGUUCGGAGAAGGCGGGGCUAGGCUUGGUCAGCGUUUCCGAGGUUAAAGUUUGAUUGGGAUGCGGAAUGGAAUCUUCUCCCUUCCUUUUUCCCUCGAUUCUCUGCAAAGCCACCGAGCUUCUCGGUCCCUGUUGAGCCCGCCCCCCGGAAAACAUGGAUUGGUUCGGGAACCAUGUCUGGUCUGGCCAGACUGGCUAUCGGCACGCACGUACGCUCGCUCGUGGCACACCGAUCCUCUCUCCCGUUAUCUUCCUUAUUUCCCGCUCCCUGCUCCAUCCACCUUUCCCUGGUGUCUUACCAUCGGGACGUUAUUCAUCGUCCUUGUUCCCCUCUCCAUGAACCUUCUUUCAUCAUCCGAUUGGAAAGUUUGGAGCGAUCGGCACCUGCGGGGGAGCGGCGGAGAACGGGACAAGUACUGUGGCGUAACGAUCACGAGCCUGCCUUUCCCAUGUUUUGUUUUCCUACUCUUAUACACACACGGCUGUUUUACUCUGCGGUAUUGAUUCCGCUCUUUGAUUGC